GCUUGUAUGUGACCCGAACGCCGAAUUUAAGAGGUGGUGGACAAUAUUGCGUGGUCCCCACUAUUCACUCUUCUAGAAAGCAUUCUGUACCUACAGGGCACGUCACAAAAUGCGCAAUGGAGAAUAAAUGCGUCCUGAACGCGCCCGCAACUUAUGAACAGGAAUUUCAGAGCAAGUGUAAAGGAAGCAAAAAGGACAUAACCCGAAACUGGAGACCCAGAGUCUGACUGGGACUGCGUCUCUUCCGUUCCCUUGCCUAUUUCAUUUUCCUCGCUCGCAAAACGAUUCGUCAUCUCACAAAACAUUGCUUCAGACCUUUAUUUGCCUUUUCUCUCGUCUUUUACAUUUUGAUUUAUUUUUCUUCGGAAAUCCUUCCCAUUUUAGUCUCGAGUUUGCAAAAACAUGUGUUUUGUUGUUGUUGGGUUCUGAGAAAACGGAGGAAUACAGCUUUUUUCACCAUUGAGGCACGAUUGAGAGUGGAAGGUACAAAUCUGCUAGUUCCCUUUUCUUCUUUUUUUUUUUUUUUUUUUCUUUCUCGAAAGCCAAACGAGGGAUUACACAUUGUCAUGUUGUCAUUGUGCUCUCAUUAGUAAUUUUCUUUUUGGGAAAAUAUUUUAUAAACCAGUUUUUUCUGUUUUGUUUUCAAAUUUUUGUUAGUGAUUUUUCAUGGACUGCUCAUACUAAUUUUACCCAAAUGUUUCCUUGAACUUUAUGAUUGGGUGUAUUAGCAGUGUGAGUUGAAGAAGGGCAUGGCAUCCUCAGAUGGCGAAGCCGAAGCUCUGCCAUCUACUGUGUCAAAUUACCAUUUUAUGGAUGACAGAGACGAACCCAUAUCAUUUCAUGUUCUGCCCAUUCAAUGGAGUGAAGGUGAGAGGCAGGGUGGCAAGAAAGUUAAGAUUUUUCUGCAUGGAACUGUUGAUGAUGGGAUUCAGAAGAUAUAUAAGCAUGUUAUAGCUUGGAAGUUUGACCUUUCCAAGGGAAAGCCCGAGAUUUUUGUACUCUCCAAGGAAAAUAAUUGGCUUAGGCUUCUGAAGCCGAGGAAGAGCUUUGAGGACACGGUCCGAUCAAUUUUGAUAAUGGUUCAGUUCCUUCAUUAUGUGAAGAGAAAUCCUGAAACAUCCUACAAAUCGUUGUGUACUCACUUGUCUAAAGUUUUCAGCUUGUAUGACGUCAGGCAUUCUCAUAAUGAUCUGCGGGAUCACAUUCUGUUGAUACGUGAUUCUGUUGAACGGGAUGAUGCCUUAGCAAGGUCCAAGUUUUUGGUGAAUUUUCUUGGAGAGAAGCCCGCAAAGAGGCAACUAUCUGAUGAGGUCAUAUUCUCCAGCUUAUCUCUUUCCCUUCCUUUGGGCAUUCAAGGUACAAAUGAUCUCAGAUUUGUGGAUAAUCAUAUAGAACAUGAUAUGAAUGAUGGUGCAGAAAAUGAGUCCAGUGACAUUGAUAGCCUGUUUAGCUCUGUCUGUGCUUUCUGCGAUGAUGGUGGUGAUCUCUUGUGUUGUGAAGGGAGGUGCCUAAGGUCCUUUCAUCCAACUGUAGAGUCUACUGUGGGUUCUGAUUGCAAAUCUCUUGGCUUUACCAAGGAUGAAGUAGAUGCGACGCAAAAUUACUUUUGCAAGAACUGUAAAUAUAAACAGCACCAGUGCUUUGCUUGUGGGAAGCUAGGUCCCUCUGAUAAAUCUUCAGGUGCAGAGGUUGUUCCAUGUUUUUCUGCGAUCUGUGGUCGAUUUUACCAUCCACGAUGUGUUGCAAAAUUGCUUCAUCGAGAUAAUGGAGUUUCUGCCGAAGAACUUGAGAAAAAGAUUGCUAUGGGGGGGUCUUUUACAUGUCCGAUUCACAAGUGCUGCGUUUGUAAACAAGGAGAGAAUAAGAAGGAGAGGGAUUUGCAGUUUGCUGUGUGCAUGCGUUGUCCUAAAUCGUACCACAGGAAAUGCUUGCCAAGAAAGAUUGCUUUUGCAAAGGGAGGAGGAAGUGAUGGAGAACGGCUAUUAAUACCAAGAGCAUGGGAAGGUCUAUUACCUAAACGCAUUCUUAUAUAUUGCACAAAACAUGAAAUGAAUGAAGAAGGCAGAACUAUUAUAAGGGACCACUUAAAAUUCCCUGAUGUUGAAGUGAAGAAGACUGUUACAGAAGAAAAUACGAAAAUUUUGACAUCAGAGUCCCUCGUAGGGAGAGAGAAAGUUGUGUCUAAGAAAAUGGUUUCCUUGGAUGACUUAUAUAGGGUAACAAUUCCUACUGAAAGAUCUGAGCAGAAGCAGAAGCCAUCUGCUGAGGAAGUGGGUGGUAGAAAUGGGGAUAAAGUAUUUUCUGGGUUUGACAGUUUGAGAAAGGUGACAAUAAAUACUGCAUCUAAAAAAGAACUGAAGACUUUCACCUCUGAGGAAAAGAAGACUCCAGUGGGUGAACAUAAAUGGAGCUCCUCUAAGAGCAAUGGUGAAGGAGAAUGUCAGAAGAGUCUCGGCCAUGGGAAUAAGCGAGGCAAUGCGACAUUAGGAAAGCUGCAGCAUGGUGGCAAAGAAAGGCACAGAAGAGGAAUUGUUGAGAUUUCAUCAGUGAACAAGCGUUGUGGCAUUGCUAAUCAGCAUUCUGAGUUGAGUAAGACUGGUAAUAUGCAGCUUGGAAUGUCUAGUGGUGGAACCCAGCUCAACAUUCCUGUUGACACAGGAUCUUGCUCACAGGUUUGCACGUGUAGGCAACAAGUUCCUGAUCUUGCACGAUGUAAUUUAGUGGGUCAGGAUUCUGUUUAUGACCGGAUUGGUUUGCGGUCUUCUACUUGUGGCCAUCAAGGUCUGGCAGCUGAGUCAUUUUCUGGAAUGAAGCCAUUAUCUAUGGUGCCGUAUGCACCUCAAUGUAAUAUUAACUGCUCAAUGCCAACUGCUUUAGUUAACAGUUAUGGUCCUGGAGAGCGUAAACCUGGCUACCUUGGCAAUCCUUUGGGUUUUGCUCCUGGCCCUCACCAGAACUACUCAGUCCAUAAUUCAGCAGGUUGGCUGGAUGAGUAAUUACAAGGAUCACGUUAGGGAGGCGUCAUCCCUUUUUUGUAAGCUUGGAAGAUGUUAAUGAUUUUAAGGGACCCGUUGGUGUAAAGAGAAAUGAGUAAAUAGUCUUUCUUAGUGGACUGAUGAUGAAAAUGACAAAACAAGCCAACGGCCGGGUCAAGAAUCCCAUGAAGGUUGUACAAAGCCUUUGUCUUAUCCAUUGCCAUUUGAACAUCUCUCACAAUAUUUAGAAAUUUCCCUCAUCUGAGUCAACUGUUGAUUCAUGUAAGGAUCCAAGCAGCCUUAUACCAAUUAUCAAAAAAGGGUGGUGAUUUUCCCACUCUCUUUUUAUCCACAUACACUCCUUUUUGUUUUUUUAAUACUUUUUACUAUAAGAUCAUA